UCGGUAUCUGGUCACUCUGGUUGUAAACAAUUUGGUGGGGAUUUGUUUUGGGAAAAUGUGUCGUAAUUUUUAACAAUUUUAGUAAAAGUAAUGUCCAGCUGGAGGACUGUUGGUAUCUGCUCGCCAAUACUUGCCAGCGGAAAGGUAUCGCGAUGCGUACCACAACAACAAUGGCAUCACAAUCGCCAACAAAAUCGUCAAAAUCAGUCACAAACCCGACAUGCUCUGCUGGAUUUGCGCCGCAAGGCAAUACCAGUUGAUCGGCAGCGGCAGGUACUGUACGAGCUGGUGGAAAAGUUUGAAAAGCUACCACAAGAGAAAGCGUUCGCGAUAGAGGAAGGCGCAAUCGAGCUGCUGAAGGAGCUGGAACACUCCACCGAUCCUGCCAUAAGGCAGCAUGCGAAGCUCGGUUUGGCGCUGCUCGGGUACGUCCCACCGUUGUCAAGCGAGGGGAUACGCAUCCUGAGCAUUGACGGGGGAGGCAUCCGCGGUAUAAUCGUGAUGGAACUGCUGCGCAAACUGGAACGACUCACGAAUCGAAGAAUAUUCGAUCUGUUCGAUCUAGUGUGCGGCGUCUCGACUGGAGCUAUAUUGGUUUGUGCGUUGGCCUCCGAGAAAGGGUUAACCCUUGCCGAAGGCAUUCACCUCUACAAAAAGAUAGCCUACAAAGUCUUCCAUCGCCCGACGACGCUGGAUAAACUUUCCGGAGCGUCGCGCCUGUUUUCGUCGCACGCUUACUACGAUAUCGAGCUGUGGGAAUCGCUACUGAAACGUCAUGUGGGCCACCGUCGCAUAAUCGACACGGUGAUGCUUCCAAAUGUGCCGAAGUUCUGCUGUAUAUCGACUACCGUUUGCGACGAGUACAUCGAUGCGCAUGUAUUCCGCAACUACACAUUCCCUCAGAACGUGCAGUCGGUGUACGCCGGGUCACACACCGCACGACUGUGGGAGGUAGUGCGAGCGUCAUCGGCCGCUCCGGCGUACUUUGGUGACUUCCCGCUGAACGGUCAGCUGCAUCAGGACGGUGGCAUACUGUACAACAAUCCUACCGCCGUGGCCAUCCACGAAGCCAAAUGUCUGUGGCCGAACGAUCGCAUCCAGUGUGUGGUGUCGUUCGGUACGGGACGAACGCGCGGCAAAUCGAACGAUGGUCAAAAAAUUAUAAGCCGUAAAAUACUCGACCAAGCUUCGUUGUCCAGCUCGUGGAAGACAAAGUUCCUGCGUAUUCUCGAUUCGGCCACCGACACGGAAGCGGCGCACACGGUGCUGAGCGAUCUGCUACCGGCCGGUCACUAUUUCCGUUUCAAUCCGUACCUUACCGAGUUCCUGUCGAUGGUUGAGGUGCGGCCGGAAAAGAUUGCCCAGCUGGAGAAGGAUACGGCAAUGUACUAUGCGCGCAAUGAGGACAAGUUCGAGCAGGUUGCUGACCUGCUGCUGCGCAAGCGAUCGAUCGCACGCAAAGCGUACGAUGUGGCUCGCUACGUUUUCUAUCGCUAGUGUUUCUUGAAAAGUGUUUUUGCUGCUAAUUGCCAAAGAGAUUCUGCUUGUAUUGGUAGCGUCAGGGCAGAAGGUGAAUGUUGUUAUAAUAUGAUAACAACAGAUUUUGUGUUUCUCGUUUGUUUGUAUGAAUCUUUUAGUUGCUGUACUACAGUCACUACUGACAUACCUCUCAGUGAAGGUGAACAAUUCAGGUUUUAUUUCGGUAUUACAUCUUUUUAGUAUUUUAGUAUUGCUAAGCUUGUUUGGAUCCCCGUAUAACGACUGUCCAUGGAUAUAUUUUGUUUUGCGAUUGUGUGUAAAUGUUUGGUUUAUGUUUGUAAAUUGCAAAUAAAGUUCUGUGACGUGUAAGAGUGAUCUUAAACGUAA